AUGCUUUCGACUCUGGGUGUGUGUUCUCGAUGUCUGGUGCGGCCCGCACGACUAGUAUGCAACCAGCGGCUGCUCUACCAGCGGAGAGGUCUACAAACUGACAAACUCUUAUCACCUGCUCUCCUGACGCGAGCUCGCAACCUUGCAGCCGAACAUGCAAAUCUUUCGAAUCAGCUGACAACCUCCUUUGAUCCCAAAAUUGCAAGGCGCGCUGGUGAGCUAGGUCCAGUUGCAAAAGCCUGGGCAGAAUGGAGCAAUGCCAACGAGUCAAUGUCAGAGCUUCAUUCCAUGCUAGAAGAUCCAGAUACGGAAGCGGAGCUGAGGUCCAUUGCCGUUGAAGAAUUGCAAACCACGGAAGCUAAACUGACUGCGAUUUCGGAUAAUUUGAAGCGCGCCCUCGUGCCCCGCCAUCCUUUCGCAGACCUUUCAUGCUUGUUGGAGAUACGUCCAGGUGCAGGGGGGGAUGAAGCAAGUAUCUUUGCCUUUGAAUUACUGCAGAUGUAUGUCGCAUUUUGUGCUCAUCAAGGGUUACGGUCUACUCUCAUGAAGCUUGAACGUGGGGACAACCGAGCAGAUGCUCUAACGGAGGCUGUUUUGGAAGUAGAAGCAGAGGGGGCGUACGAUCUCUUACGGACCGAAUCGGGUGUACACCGAGUCCAGAGAGUCCCGACAACAGAGGCCAAAGGCCGCACCCAUACCAGUGCGGUCAGUGUGAUGGUCUUACCCAGCUUCCCGGACACAGGCGGCGGUGACGGCGCGUUCAACUUUGACGACCCAAAUAGCGACUAUUACAUUGAUCCGCAAGAAGUUCGUACUGAAAAAAUGCGAGCAAGUGGCGCGGGUGGCCAACAUGUAAACAAGACUGAAUCAGCCAUUCGUCUGACUCACAUGCCCACAGGUAUUGUGGUAUCGAUGCAGGAUUCGCGGUCCCAGCAUGCAAAUCGCAAAAAAGCGUGGCAGAUACUGCGGGCAAAGCUGGCGGAAGCACGACAGGAGGCGCGGGAGCAAGAAUUAGUCGAGCUUCGAAGAGGAGCAAUGGGCGGUAUAGGGCGAAUGGGCCGAGGUGACAAGGUUCGCACUUAUAAUUACGGCCAAAGCCGCUGCACAGAUCAUCGAAGUGGUUUCACUGUCCAUAACCUGGACAACGUGUUGGAGGGAGGUGAGACCCUAGUCAAGGUCAUGGAUAGCGUGCGAUCCUGGCUCAUCGACCGCGAAAUACUGGCACUCACCUCUGAGAUAAUUAAGAAACAACAAUAG